GCUUCCGAUCUUUGAGCUCUCUUUCCCAGCACUCAGGUUUCCCAGCUUCCAUUCUUCUUUUCUCUUCCACACCGCCCGUCGCGUCUCUUCCAACCGCUUGCGCAUCAUUUCCACGCAUCACCGUAUCCAUUGCAGCUUAACGCGCAUCAAUUGCUGUCUAGCCCCGCUUUCGCGCCUUUACACGCGGUUUUGCGAAGCAUAACGUCAUCUCUUACCACCUGCCACUGCUAAGCUACCCUACACACAAUGACCGACACCGAGAUCCAACAAGGAGAUAAGGUCUCAUGGAACUGGGGCUCCGGACAGCCCGGUGGCACCGCUGCCGAGGUCAAGGAGCAAGGCGAGAUUGCUAUUGAAUCCAAGAAAGGCAACACCAUCAAGAAAAACGCCUCGCCCGACAACCCCGCUGUUCACGUCGAGCGCUCUGGCAACGACGUCGUGAAGCGCGCUUCCGAACUCCAGAUCGACGAGAAGGCCGACGGUGCUAACGGCGACUCAAAAGAAGAGGACAAGUCGGCAGAGUCAGAGAAGAAGGAUGACGACAAGUCGGCUGACUCAGAUAAGAAGGAGGACGAGAAGCCCUCUGAAGCCGAGAAGAAGGACGAGGAGAUGAAGGAUGCGCCAGAGAGUGACGAGAAGAAGGACGAGGCGCAAACCAACGGCGAGUCCAAGGAGGAGGAGUCCAAGGAGGAGUCCAAGGAAGAGGCAAAAGAAGAGGCCAAGGACGACGGGACAGAAGACAAGUCUGAUGAGAAGGAUGACGAACCCCAAGCCGGCGACAAGCGCAAGGCUGACGAAGUUUCCGCGGAUAAGACUAACGGUGGCGAUGCUGACGCCGACGAGAAGCCUGCCGAGAAGAAGGCAAAGACCGACGAGGCUGACGACGAUGAUGCCGAAGACAAGGAAGAAACAGAGACAAAGCCCACCCCCAAGAAAAGCGGCCGUCCCAAGAAGGAGAAGAAGGAACCCGCAAAGAAGAAGGCACCCAAGAAGGCUGCCACCGCCGACGGCACACCACGCCGCAGCGGCAGGGCCACCAAGAACACCGCAUCAAUGGCGGAAGACUAGAUACGCGACACGCAAACUCUCCUCACAGGUUCAAAAUAUAUAGUCACGGAUGCGAUGCGACGCAAGGGUAACAAUGAACAGCAAUGAAAAACGGAUAUGGGGUGGAAAAGGAUUUGUAUUCAUCGGUGGCGGCGCUCAAAGGAUGAUUUCGACUUUCAUUUCCUUUUUCGGCUCUGCUUUUACUUCGGUAUCGUACCGUACGUCUGCUUUUCUGGUCUUGUAUGUAACUGUAACAUGGAAUGAAUCAACAAUGUCAAAGUCAACUGCAAACUUCCACGUGCUUGCUAAUUCUGCCAACAUGCUAUGAUGGCGUGUCAUUAACGAUACGGCAUGAACGAAGAAUCGUGCUUCAAAGAUAUUGUAUUGCAUAAUA